AUGAAUGUCGCUGACUCCAAACCAGUAAUACGAUCUUUCACUUCUCGACCUUUACCACUCGCUAUUCCCUCAACCGUGAGGCGUUAUAUCUACCAGAUCGGUGUCGAAACAUUUUGGUGUGUUCAGCUGAAAUCUGGAUUCCGUAGCGAUGUUGUCACUUUGUUAGCUGAUGCAGAAAUAUAUUAUGUUGAUAGUACUUUCACAUCUAUCUAUCUAUCUAUCUAUCUAUCUAUCUAUCUAUCUAUCUAUCUAUCUAUCUCAAUUCUGUUCUCUAUCUGUCGCAAUUUCUCAACAUCUAUCUAUCUAUCUAUCUAUCUAUCUAUCUAUCUAUCUAUCUAUCUAUCUAUCUAUCUAUCUAUCUCUGUUCUGUUCUCUAUCUGUCGCAAUUUCUCAACAUCUAUCUAUCUAUCUAUCUAUCUAUCUAUCUAUCUAUCUAUCUAUCUAUGUAUCUAUCUAUCUAAAUUCUGUUCUCUAUCUGUCGCAAUUUCUCAACACCUAUCUAUCUAUCUAUCUAUCUAUCUAUCUAUCUAUCUAUCUAUCUAUCUAUCUAUCAGAAUCUGUUCAUGCCUAUGUUUAUUUAUAUCUGUCUCUCUGCAUGUCUGUAUGUCCCUAACUAUCUCAACCCGCUCAUAUCUAUCUAUCUAUCUAUCUAUCUAUCUAUCUAUCUAUCUAUCUAUCUAUCUAUCUAUCUAUCUAUCACAUUCUUUUAACUACAUCUGA